AUGUGCGUCUACUUUGAGCGCACAGGUACCGGCAAAAAAUAUAUUUUUUUCUGUGGGUCUCUUCGGAUGUGGAUGUUGUCGUUGGUAGUCCCACCCAAAAUGGAGCCUGUUCUUCCUUGUUCCACAGUCGACUUGAAGGGCUGGGCUCAACUAGGAUGGGGGGACGGGUGUCCCUGGUUGUCUCAGGAGUGAAGUGAUAGGUGACGUGUCUGCCAGCAGACCUGGCACUGUGCUGCCAUGGAGACCAAGCAGGAACCCUCCGCUGUGUGGAGUCAGGCUGCGAACACUGAUUCAGGCAACUCCACACAGGUGCAUUUUGAAGGUGGCGCAGUGGCCCAGAUAGUGUACAGUGGAGAUCAGACUGACCGGGGACAGCAGCAGGUGGUCUAUACGGCCGAUGGGAACUCCUAUACCUCAGUAGAGUCUGCAGAGCACACGCUGGUCUACAUACACCCUGCAGAUGGCACUCAGACUGUAUUUGCUGAUCAGCCACAGGUGGCUUAUAUUCAGCAGGAUGGUACAACUCAACAGGUCACAGUUUUGCUGCCAAGCGGACAGAACAUGAAUGCUGCCAAUCUGCAUGUUCUCAGUAAUGUAGCCGAGGCUCCACAAGCCAUCCUGGAGCCAGUUUCCCAGGAGCAGCUGUCUGUGUCCAAUUCGCUCACCUCCAUGGCUGACAUCACGGACGCCCCCACCAGUCCCCUGGGGGCCACAGACUCCACAGAUGAUUCUGACGAAGAUGAAGACGAAGACUCUGAGAUGGAUGACUGGGAGCCUCGUCCGCCUCAGUCAUUCAACCCUCACAGCCUCUGGUGCGAGGAGUGUAAUAGCGCCAACCCCUCUGUGUGCCUGAAGCACGGGCCCCUUCACCCCAUCCCCAACCGGCCGGUGAUGUCCAAGGCCCGGGCCAGUCUGCCUCUGGUCCUGUACAUCGAUCGCUUCCUGGGUGGGGUGUUCUCCAAGAGACGCAUCCCAAAGCGCACUCAGUUUGGACCUGUGGAGGGACCCCUGGUUCCUCAGAGUGAACUGCAGGACCACUACAUUCAUCUUAAACUUUGCAUGCUGGAUGCAGAGAAAGACGGAGAGAAGUCUGACGACACGUGGUUGGACCUUUCUGAUGAGGACAGCUGUAACUGGAUGAUGUUUGUGAGGCCCGCCCAGAACCACCUGGAGCAGAACCUGGUGGCCUAUCAGUACGGCUCAGAGAUCUUUUACACCACCAUCAAGAACAUCCAACCAAAACAAGAGCUCAAGGUGUGGUAUGCUGCGUCAUACGCAGAGUUUGUAAAUCAGAAGAUCCAUGAUGUUACGGAAGAAGAGAGAAAAGUGCUGCGGGAACAAGAGAAGAACUGGCCUUGUUAUGAGUGUAACCGCCGCUUUGUGAGCUCUGAACAACUGCAGCAACAUCUCAACAUGCAUGACGACAAGUUAAACUCAGUUACAAGAUCCAGAGGCCGAGGUCGAGGAAGAGGCAGGAAGAGAUUUGGGACAGGACGAAGACCAGGGCGGCCGCCUAAAUUCAUACGUUUGGAUCCACCAGUAGAAGCUGGUGGGGACAAAACAACAGAGAUGCUUGAACUGACAGACAAGCAGUCGCUGGAGGAGCGAGCAGAGGGAGCUCAGAACGGGCUAAAGGUAGUGGAGCCAGAACCGGAUGCCGGGACUGAGGCAGAGGGUCAGAUUGUACCUUCUGCAGGGGAACCAGUCCCAGAGUCAGUCACCCCUCCCUCCAACAUGGACCUGUCUGUUCCACUAAAGGAAGACCCCGCACAGACCAGCCAAUCAGACGCCCACCUCACAUCUCAGGAUAUGCGCCGUGCCAAAAGGAUACGGAAUGCAGCACUGCAGCACCUUUUCAUCAGAAAGAGUUUCCGUCCUUUUAAAUGCACCCACUGUGGCAAGGCCUUCCGGGACAAAGAGAAGCUGGAUCUGCACUUGCGUGUCCACGGCCGGGAAGCCUAUGCCUUCUCCUGUCACAUUUGCAGCAAGAGUUUCAUGAGUGACUCGGCCCUGGAGGACCAUCUGUUGGUGCACACAGAGAACCGCUCCUACUCUUGUCUCUUAUGCCAAGAAACUUUCGAAAGGUUGGACUUGCUCAAAGACCACGUAGGGGUGCAUGCGGUGGACGGCUGCUUCACCUGUCCCUCCUGCAAGAAGACUUUUACUGACUUCAUCCAGGUGAAGAAGCAUAUCCGCUGCUUCCAUUCAGAGAAGAUCUUCCAGUGCCCAGACUGUGAAAAGGCCUUCUGUCGGCCCGACAAGCUGCGGUUGCACAUGCUACGCCACUCUGAUCGCAAAGACUUCCUGUGCUCAACAUGUGGCAAACAAUUCAAGAGGAAAGAUAAGCUGCGUGAGCACAUGCAGCGCAUGCACAAUCCCGACAGAGAGGCCAAGAAGGCUGACCGAGUCCACCGCUCCAAAACCCUCAAACUGAAGGUGCCCACCACCGACUUCGAGAGCUUCAUGUUCAAAUGCAGAGUGUGCAUGAUGGGAUUCAGACGCAGAGGAAUGCUGGUUAAUCACUUGUCCAAGCGUCACCCAGAGAUGCGUAUUGAUGAUGUGCCUGAGCUAACGCUGCCAAUUAUCAAGCCCAACAGGGAUUACUUCUGCCAGUAUUGUGACAAGGUGUAUAAGAGUGCCAGUAAGAGGAAAGCUCACAUACUGAAGAACCACCCUGGGGCAGAAUUGCCUCCCAGCAUCCGUAAGUUGCGGCCGGCUGCUCCCGGUGAGCCAGAUCCCAUGCUGAGCACACACACCCAGCUGACUGGCACCAUCGCCACUGCGCCCGUCUGCUGCUUACACUGUGCCAAACAGUACAGCAGCAAGACUAAGAUGGUGCAGCACAUCAGGAAGAAGCAUCCAGAGUUUGCUCAGCUUGCCACCACCAUCCAGACUCCUCUAACAACAACUGUAAUCAGCAGCGCUCCUGCAGUCAUCAGUGCAGACGGUACCACAGCUGAGACUGUAGUGACCACAGAUCUGCUGACGCAGGCCAUGACGGAGCUCUCACAGACACUGACCACAGACUACCGAACAGCGCAGGGAGACUACCAGAGGAUCCAGUACAUCCCUGUCUCUCAGGCAGGAGGAAACCUGUCCCAACCGCAGCACAUUCAGCUGCAGGUGGUGCAGGUGGCUCCGGCUUCCUCCCCACAUUCCCAGCACCCGACAGUUGAUGUGAGCCAGCUGCAUGACCCUCACGGUUACAGCCAGCACUCGAUCCAGGUACAGCACAUCCAGGUCACUGAACCCUCAGGCACUGGACAAGGUGCCACGCCGGUUACUGGUCAGCCUCUAAGCCCCACCUCUCAACAGGCGAGUCAGGAGCUGAGCCCUGCCCAGCUGACCCCCGUGACUUUGGCUCAGAGCCACACCCUCCAGACCAGCAGCACUCAGCAGCAGCAGCAGCAGCAGCAGCAACAGCAACAACAGCAGCAACAGCAGCAGCAGGGGACUGUGCAGCACGCUUACAUACCUGGGAACUGGAACUACAGAGGCUACCCAUCUGAGAUCCAGAUGAUGGCUCUGCCUCACGCGCAGUACGUGAUAGCUGAGGCCAGCACACCUGUAUCUGGAGUCAACAGCAACCAGGUGAAAACGACACACUACGUUAUUUCUGAGGGUCAGACAGAGCUGGACACCAAACAGACGGCUCCUCAGAACACAACCCAGGGCCACACUGAACAUCUGGAGCAGCAACCGACCAAUCAGCAAGCCACCACGCAGUACAUCAUCACCACAACCACCAACGGCAGCGGCACUAGUGAAGUUCACAUCACAAAACCCUGAGCUGCACGGCGAUGACCCCUGAAAACCCAGCGCAGACCCCACGGACUGAUCCUGCAUGUAGUCCUCAGCAGCUUGUACGCACAUGAAUGAACAAAAAUAUACAGUCAUACGCACAUGGAUACAGAUUUGUGUACAUACAGAGUUUAAAUGGGGAUGAAUAGAUGACCAGCACAGUUUUAUGUGUCUGUGAAGUGUUAAUAUGUUGUACAAGCUGUUGGGUUGCAAGCUGCUAGAACUUUGUGACAUAAAUUUAAAAAUGUGAAGUUUUGACUUUGAACAGAAUAUAUAAACAACAAAAACUAAACCGAACACUUGGGGAAAGUCUGGACAGUCUGGAAAAUGAUCAUUUUAAACUCCUACUGUCUCAGUUACAUAAGUCUGGAAAGGUGGAAAAGUUUUGUUGAAAAGUUCUUUUACAUAUCUGAGUGCCCGUUUCACAUCAUCAUUAAGCUACAGCAAUUUCUAGAAGUACAGAAUUUGUAAAUGAAAGUCAGAAAAGAAAGACAGACCUGAAAAAUACAAAAAAAUAUAUAGAAAUCCUGCAGUUGCCCUUCCACAACAGAAACAUUAUGUUUUUGCCCCGAAACACAACCUGCUUUAUUGUACCUUAUUAUAUUGUUUCUGAUAUGUGAUGUGAUUUAUCAGUUCAUUUCCUUUUAAGAACGUCUCGUUUUUGUUCACAUGCUUGAUCAUCUUGAUUUCCCAAAAAUUCAGAAUGACUUAUUUUAACUGUAUUUUUUUCCUCAUUGUCAAAAACACAACACAUUUUUUUUUUUAGUAAAAUGCAGAAAAGAAACUGUUAAUCAGUUCCACUUCUCCAAGACUCGCUGGAUGAAACCAAGGUCUUUAGCGUGUCAGUUAUGAAUGUUUUGCAUUUCUUCAGUUUUAAAAAGGAUUUCACAUGGAUGUAAUUGACCUGAAACUUGCAGAUUACUUUCUUACAUAUCUAAAAGGAAAUCAUCACAGAUUGAACGACAUCAGAGUUCUAGUUUUUCAAGAGGGCAACAUGCAUUUUGAGCUGAAGUUUAAUUGAGUUAUUUUUAUUCUUUUUUCCAAAAACAUAUUUUUUACAUCAAGGUCCCUUUUGAAACUAGGGAAAUUGCAACCAGAAAAAUUAUGAUUAGCCCUGCGUGAUGGUGCAGAAAGGUAACGGAUCAUUUGAAAGAAGCUCGAAGCCAAAUACAGAAUUUGCUUUUCUCACAUAUUUGAAGACAAAAAUUCCAAAUAUCUGAAUAUCAAAAGUGUUACAGUUAAAGAUAUUUAGGGACGGUAUCACAGGUUUGCAACUGAACAGCUUAGAAGUUUGACAUGAUACUGUGUGUAAAGCUGAUGUGGACUUACUCCAGUGUAUUAACCUGUGAAAAUAUGGUUUAAGUGCUUUUCAGUAAAGUAAUUUAUGGUCAGUACUUGAAAGGCAGGAAUGUUGUCACUCAGCAAAGUGUCUCUGGGAAUAAAGUGAGAAAGGAGACUAAUUCAGAAGAAAAAGUUAAAAUAAAAUCACCUGUCUUGCUAAAAAAGUUCUUGAACAAGGCAUGAAUGAUCCUUUGGUGGAUCAUCUUAUGUCUGAUACUGGAACUUAGUAUUUCAGUACUUUUGGUACUUAUACCUAUUCAAAGUAUUUGUAGGUUACAAGAAGUUCUGCACGAUCACAACACAGGUUAAUACACUGAAUUAAAGCCAAUUCAGAAAUUAUUUAUAUUGGUCUAUGACAGUGGAGUUGUACAAAGUAUAGCAGGAAUAUUAUUAGAAUUUCCUUAUAGUUGGAGGUGAUUUUGUCCAUGUGUUGAGAAAUUAAAUUAUUUUAUAUCUGUA